AUGGAUAGCGCUGACGGCGCGGGCGACACCCGCUCGCCUCUCGGGAUCGCUUGGAGUUGUUUGGCCAUCAUAUUCGCCUGCACCUGGACCGCCAUUCACCCCAACAUCCCCUCUGAACGUAUCCGCCAUAGCGAAUGGAAAUUACGCCGCUGGCGUUUAAUCCAGGCUAUCUGGGCCCUGAUGGUUCCCGAGUUGAUGGUAAUGUGGGCGGUGCAACAAUGGGCUGAGGCGCGACGAGUCUCUGAAGCCUACAAUGCCGCCAAUGGCAUCGGCAAGGGAGGGAUGGCGGCGCUGAACGAUGUUGAAAAGAACGAUGGAACAGGUACGGAUCGUACGCCGACGAUUGAGAAGGAGGAAAUCGAUGACAAAAGCAAGGGUGAUGCUCUCGCUAAAGCGAUCGUCGUCAUCCAAACCUCCUACUUCCUCAUCCAGCUCCUUGCCCGCGUAGCCCGCCGCCUCACGAUCACGAAACUAGAGAUAAUGACACUCGCCUAUGCGCUCCUCUGCGGCAUGCUCUACGCCUUCUGGUGGCACAAGCCCUACAACGUCCAGCGCCCCAUUUCCAUUCGCAUCCAAAACUUCAAACCGCAGCCACCGCCUCGAAAGCCAGCGGGCGGCGGUUACCUUGCGCGAAUCAUGAACGGAGGCUUUAUUCUGAACCUCCACGGAUCCAUCGUGGGGGAUGGGGAAGGUCUCGAAGUACUCGGGGAGUCGUCGAAGCCUUCGUGCUAUUACGGGAUUUGCCCCCAUCCGCUGCUGCGUCUGUUGACUGGACGUCGUUUAUACCUCACGUAUAACUAG